AUGGCCAGCCAACAUCAGCAACCAGCCGGCGUGCGCCAACGCCGGCCCUCCACCACGGAAACCAUUCUCAGCGCUACCAAGUCGUUUGAGAAAAAGGUCGAGCAAUCUCUGCUGAUCCUCUGGGACGACCUCCCCGCCUGGCGUCGCGACAAUUCCUACAUCCUCACCGGCUACCGCCAGUCGCGCUCCUCGUACGCGCACUCCCUGGGCUCCCUCUUCUACCUACACAACGAGUCCGUCAACAUCUGGACGCAUCUCCUCGGGGCCAUUGUCUUCAUUGGCACCGCUGCAUACGUCUACCAUGUCGUCCAGCCGCGCUACGAGACGGCCACGGUUGCGGACGUGUUUGUCUUUGCCUGCUUCUUUGGCGGUGCUGUGCUGUGCCUGGGCAUGAGCGCUACGUUCCAUACAUUGUCGAACCACAGUGAGAUGGUGGCCAAGUGGGGAAACAAGCUCGACUAUACUGGCAUUGUGGCAUUGAUUGUCGGGAGCUAUUUCCCGGCGCUGUACUACGGCUUCUUCUGUAGGCCGCAGUUGAUGACCAUCUAUCUAAACGCGAUUUGUUCCCUCGGCCUAGGAUGUGGGCUGGUGUCAUGGAUCGAACGCUUCCGCACUCCGACCUGGAGACCUUACCGCACCAUGAUGUUCGUUGCUCUCGGCCUCUCAGGCGUGGUCCCAGUUAUCCACGGCUGCAUGGUCUACGGUAUUCAGGGCAUGGAGGAGCGGAUGAGCCUCAGUCUGGUCGUCCUCCACGGCGCCAUGUACAUCUUUGGCGCCUUCCUCUACGCUGUUCGAUGGCCUGAGCGGAGCGUACCCGUUGUGUUUGACAUCUGGGGUAGUUCUCACCAGAUCUUCCACAUGUUCGUCAUCAUGGCUGCCGUUACGCAUUUCUAUGGCAUGGCCAAGGCAUUCGACCACCUUCACACUGUCAUGGGAUCCGAGUGCCUCGAGGGUUAA